AUGGGCGCUCAGGGGUUUUCAUUUCCACCCCCUCCUCCGCCACCACCGGCGGCAGCCCAACCUGCCUACCCACAGGGACAGCAUGGGCAUGGACAACAACAUGGGCAGAACUGGGGACGGGGAGGUCAUCGAGGCCGUGGCCGAGGACAAGGACAAGGAAACCGAGGCCGGGGAGGACAUUAUCAAGAAGGAGGACGACCACCAUAUCCUAAUCCGGGCUACAACUAUCCAUCCAACUACGCCUAUCCAGCUCCGUCUGUUCCUGCACCACAAUAUAUGCCUCCCCCACCAUAUCCUGGGCAAUCGCAAGGCUUCCAAAAUCCUCAAAACCAGCCCGCAUAUCCACCACAAUAUUCGCAGACACCAGGGUCCUACCAGCAACUGCCCUACAACUCGCCGAACAUGCCUCAGUCCUAUCCUCCGACUCCAACAUAUAUGACCGGUCUGCCAACACCUCCCCACGGCGCUCCAACUAACCCAGCAAUGAUGGGCUGGGGUGCUGAAGUGCCGAGCGCUGCGCAGUAUAUGCCAGCUCAACCCCAGCCACGAGGCCCACGCCCUCCCCACGUACACAACGGACAUAAUGGACACAACGGCCCCAAGCCAAAACAGACCCAUAAGCGUGAUCACUCCUCCGCAUUCAGCAAACACACCGCACCUCGAACCCCGGCAGCGCCCGCCGUCCCCAGUUUUGGCAACCCUCUGCCGUCGAAGCCACCACCAGCGGCAGACGCGAAUGGGAAUAAUCGCAAACAGAAGAAGAGAAAGCGGAAGCACAACCAGCUGGGAUUGACCCCCAAGACUGAGGAGCAUGAAUCCAGUGAGGACGACGAGGAAGUAGACGAGGAAUCCAAGCUAGCACCAGGGGAACCGGACGCCGCACCCAUUCAAUUUUCUUACAGAGGUCAGACAGCUACGCUACAAACGCCAUCGGAUAUUGCCGCUUGGAUUGCAGAGCGGAAGAAGAAAUUUCCGACCAAGGCUCGGGUGGAUGAAAAGCAAAAGGUUGCGGACGAGGCGAAGGCGACCCGUGAAGCUGCCCGUCAACAAAAGUCCAAUGAACAGCAGGCAAAGCGAAACGCCGAUCGCAAGCCUAGCGAGAAUAAUACCGAGUCGGCUAAUAAGGCGGACAAUCAGCGUAGGGCUGACAAGAUCCAGCGCAAUCUAGAUCGAGAGCAAAAGCGGAUCGCCAGAGCAAUUGCUGAGGCUGAAGCAGCUCGUGUCCGGUUUGAAGCGCUUCAAAAGGAGGCUCUGAGCUUGAGUUCGGCGGCUCAGGAGGGUUCAGUGGACAUUCAAGCGGGGCCGGAUGAGUUGCCUCCAAAUGAGCCUCCAAAUGAGCCUACAAUUUCAGAGUCUCCAUCGCGGGCGCACGCGCCAGUGGAUGCCGAAGUUUCGGAUCCAAUCAUCCAAAGUGGAAAUCCUCCAGAUGGCGCUGGCGCCGGCGACAGCGAUGGCAUGGAUAUGGACAUUUCAGGCAGUGACUGGACCUCCUCGAGUGGUUCGGAAGCUGGUUCGGAUUCAGAAUCCGACAGCGACUCAGCCCCCGAGCAGGUAAGCUCACGUCGCACUGGCCCCGAGAAAGUGGCGCCGCCGCCCCGUGAAGGGAAGAAAACCACUUGCCGGUACUUUGCGCGCACCGGGCAAUGUAACCGCGGCGACCAAUGCAAAUUCCUUCAUGAGACACCCGAAAGAGGGCCGAAACCCAGGGCUGAGAAGAAAGAGAAAGGACGCAAGGGACUAUACCAAGCCCUUCUGGACCAACAAAAACACGACGAAGACCACCGAGCUAUGGAAGUGAUCUCCUGGCUUGGACAAAACCAUCUGCUUGCGCCUCCCAAUACCCAGCAAUGA